AUGGAGCCAAUUUCGGCUACUGCUUCUGGGGAGAAGCAUCUUCUUCAACUGCUCCUCCAUCGCGUUCCCGACCUAAGAACCACGAGCCCAACUGGACUGAUCCAGAAGAUGAGCAGCUUUGCACAUCUUGGAUUAGAAUCUCGGAACGGCAGAUACCAGACGUAUGACGAUUUCCGGAUUGAUGUUUACGAAGACUACACCGCCAAUCAGCCAGUUUCUACUGAGCGCAAUGUUGGUGGUAUGCAGUCGCUUGUUUUCGAACAUCCAGAAAGACGUCUCCAAAUUCUGUGGCUUCUGGAUGCGAAGGAAGCUUAUAAGAUCACUGAGCGUAAAACCUUCACAAAGGAAAAGUGUUGGAUGAUUUUGAAGGAUCACCCAAAAUGGCAAAAUGUCUUGAACAAGAAGGGAAAUGCCGAUAGCAAGAAGCUAAGUGGCAAGGGCAAGGGCAAGGGCAAAGCAGUUGCCGUUGAUCUGGACGGCUCUUGGCGACGAAAAGAGCACUGGCAGUCGCCCUGCGAGAGUGUAGCAGGAGAAGGAGCAUGA